UCAAAUAGAGAGAAAUAAUUAUUUUUUCAUGUAAAGUCAACUAUCCAGAUUUCUCAUGCAAGAAAAUGUUGAAAUGUCAUAAAGUUGGUAAAUCAAAAGAAACCAAAUCAAAGUCAAACUUAAUGAACAUCAAGUGGUUAUAAACUUAAAUUCAUGUUUACAACUCUUCAAUAAGCAAAUAAAGCAAUUGAACAAAGAAGCCAUUUUCUGAAUUCUGUCAUCACUAAAAAAUGUCCAACAAUAACCAUAAUCACACAUUUCCAAUUUCAGCUACUUUGUUGAUUUUCUUGUUGCUAAAUCUAUGUCAAGAGAAUUCAGGUUUAACACAAUAUGAAGCCUUGUUAAAGUGGAAACAAAGUCUCCCUCAACAACCGAUUCUUGAUUCAUGGAUCAUUAACAACUCAAGUUCAACACAAACACCAUGUUUAUGGAGAGGUAUCACUUGUGAUUCAAAAGGAGAUGUGACAAUUCUAAACAUGUCAUAUACUGGACUUCAAGGUAAUCUUAAUCACUUGAACUUAUCAGUUUUUCCAAACCUUCUUCGUCUCGAUCUUAAAACAAACAAUCUCACCGGUGUCAUACCUGAAAACAUCGGCGUUCUUUCAAAACUCCAAUUUCUUGAUCUUUCUACUAAUAAUUUCACCGGAACUUUGCCUCUUUCUAUUUCCAAUUUGACUCAAGUUUACGAGCUUGAUGUUUCGAGAAAUGAUGUGUCUGGUAUAUUAGACCGUCGUUUGUUUCCUAAUAAGCCCAGUUCUAAAACUGGGCUUAUCAGCAUUAGGAAUCUUCUUUUCCAAGAUACCCUCUUGGGUGGUCCGUUACCGAACGAAAUAGGGAACAUAAAAAACUUGACCUUACUAGCACUCGACGCAAACAAUUUCUCCGGGCCUAUUCCUUCAUCUUUAGGAAACUGUGAACAUUUAAGCAUUCUUAGAUUGAAUGAAAACUAUUUCUCUGGACCAAUUCCACCAAGUCUUGGCAAAUUGACCAAUCUAACCGAUCUUCGGUUUUUCACCAAUGAAUUAAAUGGCACUGUUCCACAAGAAUUCGGAAACCUUUCUUCCUUGGUUGUUUUACAUCUUGCUGAAAACAACUUCAUUGGUGAGUUACCACCAGAAGUUUGUAAAAGUGGCAAGCUUGUGAAUUUCAGUGCAGCCUAUAACAGUUUCACAGGUCCAAUUCCAAGAAGCCUUAGAAAUUGUCCUUCUUUGUAUAGAGUUAGAAUUGAAUACAAUGAGUUAACCGGUUAUGCAGAUCAAGAUUUCGGAGUUUAUCCGAAUCUUAAUUACUUGGAUUUCAGCUAUAACAAGGUGGAAGGUGAUUUAUCUUCUAAGUGGGGGUCUUGCAAGAACUUACAAUCACUCAAUAUGGCUGGUAAUUCGGUGAAUGGUAACAUUCCAACUGAGAUUUUUGAAUUGAAGCAGUUACAAGAGCUUGAUCUAUCAUUUAACCAAUUAUCAGGAACUAUUCCUUCUCAAAUUGGAAACUCUUCGAAUUUGUAUACUUUAAGUUUGGGUGGAAAUAGGCUUUCUGGUAAGAUACCAAUCGAAAUUGGAAAGCUUUCAAAUUUGCAACAUUUAGACCUUUCGAUGAACAUGUUGUUGGGAGAAAUUCCAUCUCAGAUAGGAGAUUGUUCCAAAUUGUUGAAUUUAAAUUUGAGUAACAAUCAUUUGAAUGGAACGAUUCCGUUCCAAAUAGGACAACUUGCAUCUUUACAAGACUUUUUGGACUUGAGUUACAAUUCGAUUUCAGGGGAAAUUCCUUCGAAUAUUGGCUUGCUUUCGAAUUUGAUAAGCUUGAAUAUCUCAAACAAUAAUUUAUCAGGUUCUAUUCCUGAUGGAAUUAGUGACAUGUUGAGUUUAUCAAGUCUUAACCUCUCUUACAAUAAUUUAGAGGGUAGUGUUCCUAAAGGUGGCAAUGGCAUAUUCAAAGUCAAUUCUUCUCAUGUUAUUGAUUUGAGCAACAACCAAGGUCUAUGUGGUGAAUUCCAAGGUUUGAAACCUUGUAAUGUUUCACUCAUUCAACCUGGUGAUGGGAGUAACAAAAAAAAGGUUUGGAUUCCAAUUGUUGCUUCUUUAGGAGGUGCACUUUUUCUAUCAUUGGUGUUUGUUGGUAUAUUUUUCUUGUGCUACAAGAAAAGUUCAAGAACUUCAAGAAUUAAAAAGCCUUCAUUCAAUAUACCAAAUCCAUUCUCAAUUUGGUACUUCAACGGAAGAGUUGUAUACGGCGACAUAAUUGAAGCUACCAAUAAUUUCGACGAUAGGUAUUGUAUCGGAGAAGGAGCAUUCGGGAAUGUUUACAAAGCCGAACUAAAAGGAGGUCAAAUAUUCGCGGUGAAAAAGUUGAAAUGCGACGAAGAGAAUUUAGACACUGAAAGUAUAAAAACAUUUGAAAAUGAGGUUGAAGCUAUGACAGAAACAAGGCACAGAAACAUUGUGAAGCUUUAUGGAUUUUGUUGUGAAGGGAUGCAUACAUUUCUUGUUUAUGAAUAUAUGGAUAAAGGAAGUUUGGCUGAUAUGUUGAUGGAUGAUAAGAAAGCACUAGAACUUGAUUGGGUUAAAAGGGUUGAGAUUGUUACAGGUGUUGCAAGUGCUUUAUCUUAUAUGCAUCAUGAUUGUUCACCACUUUUGAUUCAUAGGGACAUUUCAAGCAAGAAUAUUUUGUUAUCUUCAAAUCUUGAAGCUCAUGUAUCAGAUUUUGGUACUGCAAGGUUUCUUAAGCCAAACUCACCUAUUUGGACUUCAUUUGCAGGCACAUAUGGUUAUGCUGCUCCAGAGCUUGCUUACACAAUGGCGGUGACAGAAAAAUGCGAUGUAUUCAGCUUUGGUGUUUUAGCAUUUGAGAUUCUAACUGGAAAACACCCUGGUGAUCUUGUAUCUUACAUACAAACUUCUAAUGAUCAAAAGAUAGAUUUCAAAGAGAUUUUAGAUCCUCGUCUACCUUCUCCUCCGAAGAAUGUUUUGAAGGAGUUGGUUUUGGUUGGAAACUUGGCUCUUUCUUGUUUACACACAAAUCCUCAAUCUAGACCUACCAUGAGAAGCAUAGCACAAUUUCUAGAAAUGGAGACUACAUAUAAUUCUUGAUUGAUGUUCUUUACUUGUUUUUGGUCUAUUUGGUUUGUAUAUAGACACUUGUUGUGUAUAUCAUACUGAUUGUUAUUCCCUUUGUCAAAAGGAACCAUGUAUAAUGAAAUGAUGUAAAGGCAUAUAAUAUGAACAACUUUUAUUGUGUUCUUUGUAAUUCAUUUUAGAAUGUGUUUAAAUGUAUCAUUGAAUUUUUUUU